UAUCAGCUGUGUUGAGGGGCGGAGCUUCAGUGACGAGUCAGGAAGAGCUCCCCACGCGUGUUGGUCUGUGAUCUGUGAACGUGUCCGUGAGUGUAUUGAUGAUGUCAUCAGCAGAGGACACACAGAGCAGGAGACCUGUGAGCGCUCAACAGAGACGGGCCAGAAGGAAGCAGCAGGCAGAGAAGAGGAGGUUCAGCUCCUCUCAGGAGGAGAAGAGGAGCUCCUUCAAGCAGAGGAGACUCAGCGACACAGCAGAGGAGGAGCAGGAGGUGUCUGCACACGCUCAGACGGACAGGAGGACACCACAGAAGAAAAAGGAAACGGGAAGGAGCAACAUCAAGACUUCCUCUCUGUUCAAACACAACCCAGAGAUUCCUGAGAUCCACCGACCAGCCGUCUCUCAGGUGAACGAGAAGAUCUUCACCAGUGACUCAUUUUCAGAGCUCGACCUGCACCCACACCUGGUGGCAACACUGAACAAAGUCCUGAAUGUUUCUAUGGUGACCAAUGUGCAGAAACAGACGAUCCCUGCUCUUCUGUCAGGACGAGAUGCUGUUGUUCGUUCUCAGACCGGAUCGGGUAAGACCCUGUCCUACGCCGUCCCAGUGGUCCAGAGUCUUCAGGCGGUCCAGCCAAAGAUCUGCAGGUCUGACGGUCCUCUGGCUGUCGUCAUCGUCCCGACUAGAGAGCUCGCCCAGCAGACAUUUCUGACGUUCCAGAAGCUUGUGAAGCCGUUUUCCUGGAUCGUCCCAGGUGUCCUGAUGGGAGGAGAGAAGAGGAAAGCUGAGAAGGCCAGGCUCCGUAAAGGAAUCAACAUCCUGGUGUCCACUCCGGGACGUCUGGUGGAUCAUAUCAAACACACCCUGAGCAUCGCCUUCAGUGCUGUCCGCUGGCUCAUCCUGGACGAAGCUGAUCGGACGUUGGACCUGGGCUUUGAGAAGGAUCUGACCGUCAUCUUAAACAGCCUGAACUCUGCAGGGCCGAGCAGACAGAACGUCCUGCUGUCUGCCACACUGACACACGGUGUGGUUCGGUUAGCAGACGUGUGUCUUAAUGACCCAGUCAACAUCCAGGUGUCUGGCCCCGCCUCCUCUGACCUCACCAGCAGCCUUGCUGUGACCUCUGACCACAGCAGAGCCAGCCAAUCGGAGAGCUUUGCUGUCCCAGAGGCUCUGAAGCAGUUUGUGGUGGUGGUUCCCAGUAAGAUCCGACUGGUGUGUCUGGCUGCGUUCAUACUGGACAAGUGCAAGUUUUCUCAGAACAACAAACUAAUCGUCUUCGUCUCGAGCUGCGAGGUUGUCGAGUUCCUCCACUCUCUCUUCACCGCUGUCCUUCCCUCGACCAAUCAGAAGCCUCCCAUCAGCUGCCUGCGUCUCCAUGGCAAGAUGAAGCAGGAGGAGCGUUCGGAGGUGUUCCAGCAGUUCUCGGUGUCUCAGUCUGGAGUUCUGCUCUGUACCGACGUAGCAGCCAGAGGACUGGACCUUCCUCAGGUUACCUGGAUCGUUCAGUACACUCCUCCGACAGCAGUAGCAGAGUACGUUCACCGGGUCGGUCGGACGGCUCGUAUCGGAGGAAGAGGAAACAGUCUCAUCUUCCUCACUCCUGCUGAGACCGCCUUCAUCAACGAGCUGGCCAAUCACAACAUCAGCCUAUCAGAAAUAAAGCUGCAGGAGAUCCUGUCCAGUCUGAUGAUGGACGACACCUACAAGGGGCGGGGCAAAUACCACAGCAAGAGCUCGUCCCGGGCUCUGGAGCAGGAGACCCGAGAGCGAGCGACGGUUCUCCAGACGGAGUUUGAGAACUUUGUCCACUCGGACAUUCAGUCGGUCCAAACGGCUAAGAAAGCGCUGCAGUCCUUCCUGCGGGCCUACACCACCUACCCCGCCCACCUCAAACACAUCUUCCACAUCCGCUCGCUCCACCUGGGACACACCGCCAAGAGCUUCGGCCUGAGAGACGCUCCGCAGGGCCUGAGCGCCGCCACAGGCCCAUCAGGACCCGGGGCCAAGAACCACAGCAAGACUCAGAACCAGGCCAGGAGUCACAGCAAGAACCAGGACCAGACCAGGAGUCCAGUCAAGAACCAGAUCAAGAGCCGAGCUGGAGGAAAGAGGUUUUCUCCCGGUCAGAGGGAGCUCCGUCUGUUCCGCUCUGAGUUCUCCAGCGGGUUGGAGGGAGGAGACGCCAAGAAGAAGAAGAAGAAGAAGAAGACAAAUGGUCCGUCAGGAGAGGAGGAGUAACGAGGAGGUGACGACCUUCACACAGUCAUCGAUCACAGUCGGUGUUUUCCGUGACUCGUGCAUGUUGACGUCACUUCCAGGAGACUCGAAGGAUGUCUGUCAGUCCUGGAGGAGUCCUGGAGGAGUCCUGGAGGAGUCCUGGAGGAGUCCUGGAGAAUAUGAGUGUGUGUGUUCAGACAGAUUGAGGACGUUACAAACUUGGCUGACGAUGUGUCGGCCCGGAAGUGAACAUGUUGAUUCCACAUCCUGCUGUCUGUCACCUCACUUCCUGUUUGGACUCAUUGACAGUAACGCUUCAUGACAGGAGAGUUUUUUCUUUGACUCGGUUGUGGUUUGUCACUCAGUGAGUCUGAAACGAACAAGUUUGUUUGUAAAAACACUUUUUACAGUUCAGAAUGUGUUUUUGAAUAUAAACAUGUUUCUGAUUAAGAAAAGAUUAUUUUUCUUGUUAUUAAAAGUGAUAUUUUGUGUCUUAACUCGGA